AUGGGAUGGCUGUACGUCAACGUGAGUACCGAAGCUAGUGAGAAGAUCGCCCAGCGCAUUGGAUCUGAGGUUGGCGAGUCGACGUCCAUUGACGUCGAAGGGCCGGUGAAGAAAAUUCUCCAACACUCUUGUGGUGAUGAAGUGCUCCCAUGCUCUCUAGUUGUUCUCGUCAAGCUUCCCAUGCGAUGA